AUGGCUACCCAAGCUGAUUUGAUGGAGUUGGACAUGGCCAUGGAGCCAGACAGAAAAGCGGCUGUUAGUCACUGGCAGCAGCAGUCUUACCUGGACUCUGGAAUCCAUUCUGGUGCCACUACCACAGCCCCUUCUCUGAGUGGUAAAGGCAAUCCUGAGGAAGAUGAUGUGGAUACUACCCAACAAGUCCUGUACGAGUGGGAACAGGGAUUUUCUCAGUCCUUCACUCAAGAACAAGUAGCAGAUAUUGAUGGACAGUAUGCGAUGACUCGAGCUCAGAGGGUACGAGCUGCUAUGUUCCCUGAGACAUUAGAUGAGGGCAUGCAGAUCCCAUCUACCCAGUUUGAUGCCGCUCAUCCCACCAACGUCCAGCGUUUGGCUGAACCAUCACAGAUGCUGAAACAUGCUGUUGUAAAUUUGAUUAACUACCAAGAUGACGCAGAACUUGCCACACGUGCAAUCCCAGAACUGACAAAACUGCUGAACGAUGAGGACCAGGUGGUGGUUAAUAAGGCAGCAGUUAUGGUUCAUCAGCUUUCUAAAAAGGAAGCUUCCAGACACGCCAUCAUGCGUUCUCCUCAGAUGGUGUCUGCUAUUGUACGUACCAUGCAGAAUACAAAUGAUGUGGAAACAGCUCGUUGUACUGCUGGGACCUUGCACAAUCUUUCCCAUCAUCGGGAGGGCUUGCUGGCCAUCUUUAAGUCUGGGGGCAUUCCUGCCCUGGUGAAGAUGCUUGGCUCACCAGUGGAUUCUGUAUUGUUUUAUGCCAUUACAACUCUCCACAACCUUUUAUUACAUCAAGAAGGAGCUAAAAUGGCAGUGCGUUUAGCUGGUGGGCUGCAGAAAAUGGUUGCUUUGCUCAACAAAACAAAUGUUAAAUUCUUGGCUAUUACAACAGACUGCCUUCAGAUUUUAGCUUACGGCAAUCAAGAAAGCAAGCUGAUCAUCCUGGCUAGUGGUGGACCUCAAGCUUUAGUAAAUAUAAUGAGGACUUACACUUACGAGAAACUACUGUGGACCACAAGCAGAGUACUGAAGGUGCUGUCUGUCUGCUCUAGUAAUAAACCAGCUAUUGUAGAAGCUGGUGGAAUGCAAGCUUUAGGACUUCAUCUGACAGAUCCAAGUCAGCGUCUUGUUCAGAACUGUCUUUGGACUCUUAGGAACCUUUCAGAUGCUGCAACUAAACAGGAAGGGAUGGAAGGUCUUCUUGGGACUCUUGUUCAGCUGCUGGGUUCAGAUGAUAUAAAUGUGGUCACCUGUGCAGCGGGAAUCCUUUCUAAUCUCACUUGCAAUAAUUAUAAGAACAAGAUGAUGGUGUGCCAAGUGGGUGGUAUUGAGGCUCUUGUGCGUACCGUCCUUCGUGCUGGUGACAGGGAGGACAUCACUGAGCCUGCCAUCUGUGCUCUUCGUCAUCUGACCAGCCGACACCAGGAAGCAGAGAUGGCCCAGAAUGCUGUUCGCCUUCACUAUGGACUACCAGUUGUGGUGAAACUUCUACACCCACCAUCCCAUUGGCCUCUGAUAAAGGCGACUGUUGGAUUGAUUCGAAAUCUUGCUCUUUGUCCAGCAAAUCAUGCACCUUUGCGUGAGCAGGGCGCCAUUCCACGACUAGUCCAGCUGUUGGUGCGUGCACAUCAGGAUACCCAGCGUCGUACGUCUAUGGGUGGAACACAGCAGCAGUUUGUGGAGGGCGUCCGCAUGGAGGAAAUAGUUGAAGGUUGCACUGGAGCCCUUCACAUCCUAGCUCGGGAUGUUCACAACCGAAUCGUAAUCAGAGGACUGAAUACCAUUCCACUGUUUGUGCAGCUGCUUUAUUCUCCCAUUGAAAAUAUCCAAAGAGUCGCUGCAGGGGUCCUCUGUGAACUUGCUCAGGACAAGGAGGCUGCAGAAGCUAUUGAAGCCGAGGGAGCCACGGCUCCCCUGACGGAAUUGCUGCACUCGAGGAAUGAAGGUGUGGCAACGUAUGCAGCUGCUGUGUUGUUCCGAAUGUCUGAGGACAAGCCACAGGACUAUAAGAAGCGGCUUUCCGUGGAGCUGACCAGUUCUCUUUUCAGAACAGAGCCAAUGGCUUGGAAUGAGACUGCUGAUCUUGGACUUGAUAUUGGUGCCCAGGGAGAGCCCCUUGGAUAUCGCCAGGAUGACCCCAGCUAUCGUUCUUUUCACUCUGGUGGAUAUGGCCAGGAUGCCUUGGGAAUGGACCCCAUGAUGGAGCAUGAGAUGGGUGGCCACCACCCUGGUGCUGACUAUCCAGUUGAUGGGCUGCCAGAUCUGGGGCACGCCCAGGACCUCAUGGAUGGGCUGCCUCCAGGUGACAGCAAUCAGCUGGCCUGGUUUGAUACUGACCUGUAA